UGGUCUCUCCCAGGAGAAGAGGGCUUUUUAAUCCAAGUGGAUUAUGUUUGCAAAUUGGGUGAGCGGCUGCAAAAUCUCCAUCAGGCCGCCAGCAGCGUUGUCCCCCUGCUAGUCAUGAGGAAGAAGGUGGCCCAAGGUUCAGGAAGGUCUCAGGAGGACUCGAGCACGUCUUGAGGAGAUCUUGAUGAAGCACGAGCUCUUGGUCUUCAGCCCGCUGGAGCCGACAUGAGGAAGGCGUGUCCUCCUCCUUAACACCUCAACACCCUCCAGAGCCAGUGAGGAUGGAGCCCAGAUCCACGCUUCGUGGAUUUGUGGGAGUCUUCUUCCUGUGGGUCACGGUUCAAGCUCAGAUGAAGAUCCCACCUGAGACCGUGCAGCAGUGGGCGUCCGUCUUCUCCACGCAGCUGAGAGAUCUUUCCAGCAAGUACUCAGGAUCUCUGCUCCUGCAGAAGAAACUGAAGGACGUGGAGUCCAUCAUCAAGAUGGUGGAACUGGACGGGCAAGACCUGGUGAAGGACUUUGCUGCCGAAAUAGAGCGCAUGCUUGGGAGCAAGAUGAAAUCUGUCAAGAGGUUAGCGGAGUCCGCAGAAGACGCCGACCUGUACCACGACUUCAACGCUUCCUUAAAGUUCGACUACUACAACUCCAUGCUCAUCAACACGGUGGAUGAGGACGGCAACUCCGUGGACCUGGGCGGCGAGUUCGCCCUGGAGGUGAACGAGCACUUCAACAAGAUGCCCGUCAACACGCUGCAGAGCAACAUCCAGGUGCCCACCAACGUCUACAACAAAGAUCCCAACAUCCUCAACGCCAUCUACAACUCGGAAGCGCUCAAUGACGUAUUCAUCGGCAACUUCCAGAAGGACCCCACGCUGACCUGGCAGUACUUUGGCAGCUCCACUGGCUUCUUCAGGAUCUACCCUGGCAUCAAAUGGACUCCAGACACAAAUGGGGUGGCGGCUUUCGAUUGCAGGAACAGAAACUGGUACAUCCAGGCGGCCACGUCCCCCAAGGACAUCAUCAUCAUGGUGGACAUCAGCGGCAGCAUGAAAGGUUUGAAGAUGACCAUCGCCAAGCACACCAUCAACACCAUCCUGGACACGCUGGGCGAGAACGACUUUGUCAACGUCAUCGCGUACACGGACUACGUGCGCUACGUGGAGCCGUGCUUCAGAGGAACUCUGGUCCAGGCUGACUUGGACAACAGAGAGCACUUCAAGAUGUUGGUGGACGAGCUGCACGUGAAAGGAGAAGCAAAGCUCAAGAACGCCAUGAAGGAGUCCUUCAAGAUCCUCAAUGAGGCACGGGCCAACGGUCUAGGCAGCAUGUGCAACCAGGCCAUCAUGUUGAUCACAGACGGCGCCAUGGAGGACUUUGAGUCCGUCUUCGAGGAAUUCAACUGGCCCGAGCGCAGGGUGCGAGUCUUCACCUACUUGAUCGGCCGAGAAAUGACGUUCGCCCAGAACACAAAGUGGAUCGCCUGCAACAACAAAGGCUAUUACACGCACAUCUCCACGCUGGCCGACGUGCAGGAGAACGUCAUGGAGUAUCUGCACGUGCUCAGUCGGCCCAUGGUCAUCAACCACGACCAUGACAUCAUCUGGACGGAGGCCUACAUGGACACUGUGCUUCCCAACACCAAGGAGCUCUUCAACACCAAAGCUCAGAGUCUCCUGUUGAUGACGUCGGUGGCCAUGCCCGUCUUCAGCAAGAAGAAGGAGACGCUGUCCCAUGGGAUCCUGCUGGGCGUGGUGGGCUCGGAUAUCCCCCUAAUGGAGGUGAUGAAACUGGCCCCCAGAUACAUGCUGGGAGCUCACGGGUACACCUUCCUCAUCACCAACAACGGCUACAUCCUGGCCCACCCUGACCUCCGACCUCUGUACAGAGACGGGAAGAAGCUGAAGCCCAAGCCCAACUACAACAGUGUGGACCUGUCCGAGGUGGAGUGGGAGGACACGGAGGAGAUGCUGAGGACCGCCAUGGUGAGGGGCGAGACGGGAAAUCUGGGUCUGAAUGUCAGAUCGUCCGUGGACAACGGGAAAAGGCCUAUGUUCCUCAUCAAUGAAUAUUUCUACACCAACGUUGACGAAACACCUUUCAGCUUCGGCAUGGUGCUGACCCGAGGUCACGGCAAGUUAAUGUUCGUGGGCAACGUGUCUGUGGAAGAAGGGCUUCAUGACCUGACGUCUCCAGACCUCAGCAUCGCCUCUGAAUGGACUUACUGCGAGACGGACGUUGACCCCGCGCACCGCAAGUACUCUCAGCUGCAGGCCGCCAUCCGCUACCUGCUGGGAAAGGAGCCGGACCUGGAGUGCGACGAGCUGCUGCUGCAGCAGACCCUAUUCGACGCCGUGGUGACGGCGCCCAUGGAGGCCUACUGGAACGCCCUGGCGCUCAACGACAGGGUGGAGCCUGGCGUUGAGACCGCCUUCCUGGGCACUCGCUCCGGCCUGAUGAGGCUCAUGAGAUACGCCGGCGUGGAGACGCGAGUGGCCAAAAAGUUCCUGACCCCUAUGGAUAAGAACAACCUGUUCACCGUCGAUCAUUUCCCGCUGUGGUACCGGCUCGCCGUGGAAUCCCGUCCCGGAACCUUCUUCUACUACUCCAUCAACGACAAAGGUGUGAAGUACGCGAUCGCCACCACCGCCGUCACCGUGUCAGCACAAGGGAAGACCGCCAUCGCCGGAGUCGUGGGUCUGCAGAUGUCGUUGGACUUGCUGGAGAAAAGAUUCUGGGACAUCACCAAGCAGGACAGCGACACAGACUGUUCCAACGUGGAAGGUUUAUGUCCUCUCAGCUGUGAAAGUCCCGACCUCAACUGCUUCCUGGUGGACACCAACGGCUUCGUUCUGCUGUCCAAAGACCGGAAAGAGGUCGGCAGCUUCUUUGGCGAGGUGGACGGUUCUGUCAUGGCGAUGCUCAUCAAGAUGGGAUUCUUCAAAAAAGUGUCCUUGUUCGACUACCAGGCCAUGUGCAAGAACAGUCAUCAUCACACCAGCAGUGCACGUUCUCUGCUCAGCCCUUUAAACGUUGCCAUGACGAUACUGCGAUGGAUCUUCUCCAAAGCUCUCAUGUUCCUGCUGGACUUCAGCUGGUGUUUCUUCUGGCACUCGGACUACUUAGUGGACGCCAAGGCCGGCUAUCACACCAGUCACAAGCAGAAGAAGGUGGAGGCGCUGGUCCCGUGUGAGACCUCCUACCCCGCCUUCAUGCUGGACUCCUCCAUCAGCGAGGCCAACAGCAUCAUCAAGUGUGGACGCUGCCAAAAGAUGUUUGUGGUGCAGCAGGUGCCUGACUCCAACCUGGCGUUGGUGGUGACGGAGGCCAACUGCGACUGCUCCCGUCAGUACGGCCCCAUCCCGCUUCAGCCCAAAGAGAUAAAAUAUAUCGCCACGGUGAAGUGCAACCGCAUGAAGUCGCAGAAGUUGCGGCGGCGUCCCGAGUCGUGCCACGCCUACCACCCUAAGGAAAAUGCAAAGGACUGUGGGGGCGUGGCCACCAUCUACCUGUCAAUCACACUUUUCUGCACCUCUCUGCUGGUCUCUUUGCCCCGCCUUUGCCUGACGUAACCAUGACAACCGAGCAGGAAGUUACAGUUUUGUCAAGUCAGCUUGCAGUUUCCAAAGGGGGAACAUGGCGCCCUCUGCUGGACCGUGAAGUGAUUGUAGCUAAAUUAUUGAAGACUUUUUAGAAGAAAAAUGUACUUUUAAGCCAAAGCAUGCUUUGUGCUGCCAGACUUUUAUUCUGAAAAUCCAAGAGAACAAAAACGUUGAUAAAA